GCUGGACUCUGUCCCCCACCUCCAUGCUGCCUUCCUGGCCACCUGGAGGAGGGAAGCAGAGUGGGGGCCCCUUUCUGUUCGGGACAUCUUACCACAGUUCCCCAAGGAAGACCCCCAGGGGACCCAGAUGGGGGAUGCAACCUCGACCUGCCUCUCUCCCCGACUCUUAUGGCCAGACUUGGGGUGCCUUGUGCAGGUGGAGGAGCUAAGGGCAGAUAAUAAGAUGGACUGCCUGGCAGGCACUGGGGAAGGAGGAGGAACUACGGGCUCACCUCCCUCCCACAGCCCAGCCACACCUGCUCUGGAAAGCCUUGUAAAUCCUGGGUGGGGUUUGCCAGUCACGGAUGCUGGCAGGGUUUCUUUGGCCCUGAGUAAAGAGAGACCCAGAGGGAGCACUGAGCUGCCUGCCAAGCCACCCUGUCUCGGAUUCCUUCAAAAGGACCAGGUGAGAGAAGCCAUGCUGGUCACUCAGAUGCCUUUCUCCUUUUCCAUGGCCCACUUCAUCCUCUUUGUCUUUACGGUUUCCACUAUAUUUCACAUUCAGCAGCGGCUAGCGAAGUUUCAAGCCAUGUGGGAGUUACCGGUGCAGAUACCAGGGGUGGCCUCAACAUCAAAGGCACUGCAACCCAGCCAGCUCAGGGGGAUAUGGACGAUCAAUGCUAUAGGCCGCCUGGGGAACCAGAUGGGUGAGUACGCCACGCUGUACGCCCUGGCCAAGAUGAACGGGCGGCCCGCCUUCAUCCCCGCCCAGAUGCACAGCACCCUGGCCCCCAUUUUCAAAAUCACCCUGCCGGUGUUGCACAGCACCACGGCCAGCAGGAUCCCCUGGCAGAACUACCACCUGAAUGACUGGAUGGAGGAGAAGUACCGCCACAUCCCAGGGGAGUAUGUCCGCCUCACGGGCUACCCCUGCUCCUGGACCUUCUACCACCACCUCCGCCACGAGAUCCUCCAGGAGUUCACCCUGCACGACCACGUGCGCGAGGAGGCCCAGAAGUUCCUGCGGGGCCUGCAGGUGAACGGGAGCCGGCCGGGCACCUUUGUAGGGGUCCAUGUUCGCCGAGGGGACUAUGUCCAUGUCAUGCCAAGAGUGUGGAAGGGGGUGGUGGCCGACCGGCGAUACCUACAGCAGGCUCUGGACAUGUUCCGAGCUCGCUACAGCUCCCCGAUCUUUGUGGUCACCAGUAAUGGCAUGGCCUGGUGUCGGGAGAACAUUGACACCUCCCACGGUGAUGUGGUGUUUGCUGGCGAUGGCAUUGAGGGCUCACCUGCCAAAGAUUUUGCACUACUCACACAGUGUAACCACACCAUCAUGACCAUCGGGACGUUUGGGAUCUGGGCCGCCUACCUCGCGGGCGGAGAUACCAUCUACCUGGCCAAUUACACCCUCCCCAACUCCCCUUUCCUCAAAAUCUUUAAACCAGAGGCAGCCUUCCUGCCAGAGUGGACGGGGAUCGCUGCAGACCUGUCCCCCUUACUCAAGCACUAAUGCUGGCCAGUCCUUUGAUACCCUUUCUCCUCCUCUGGCUCCCUCAAGGUGAGUGCCAGGGCAUGAGAAGCACAUGGUUCCAUGAGGAGGACCCUUCUCUCUUCUGUGAAGAUGCUUUGGGCUGCAAGUAACAGAAAUCUCAAUGAACAGUGGCCUGGCGUGAUAGCUCACACCUGUAAUCCCAGCACUUUGGGAGGCUGAGGUGGGUGGAUCACUUGAGGUCAGGAGUUCAA